GAAUUAUCAAAGUGAGCCCAUACUGAGGGGCCAGCUGGGUUAAUUGAUCGGAGAGUAAACCAGCUAAAGGAAGGGAGAGCAGAGAGGAGUCAGUGCUGUCACUUUCUGCGCGCGCGCGUAUGUGCGCGCGCGUGUGUGUGUGUGCGGAGAGAGGGAUUACCAGUACGCGUGUUAUGCGGAGCGCAGUUUUGGUGAUGCGCUCGGUCAAGAGAAGUGCGGAAGGCAGCCGUGAGCGUCAAAUCGGACAUUAAGCGGCGUAUUCGGCGCAGCAGUCGGAGGAAAGGAUCCGGUAGGUUCGGCGGCACCGACUCUGCGCAUUACGGGAUUUCCACUCACUGUGUGUUUUAUUCAUUUUUGAUGAAUGCUCCUUUAUCGGUGCAGAAUGAAAGUCAGAGAUGCGCACCGCUGAACAAAGGAUUUAGGGUGGAAAACGACCCAAGAAUCCUUCCCGUGUAUUAAUCCUGACACGCCGGGGUGUUUUUUUUUUUGUUUGGUCCAAGCCCCAUUCUCCCUGUGAGGACAUCCGACACGGGCUGAUAAUCGGGUUCCUCUCGUUCCAAAGCUGGAGCAACGGGAAUCCUCUGGGUCUAUCGUGUGCGAGUCCAUGUGGAUGGAGAGAGAAUACGCAAACACAGCGAGAGGGGCUCAUUCCGAAAUGUGACAUUUUGACUUCCCCAGUCUCCCAUCGAACCUGACAACUGUGCAUCUGCCUUCGCGAUCGACCGGAUCGGUUUACGUCGAUUAAGAGAUGGCGCUCGUCCCGCUCUUGCUCCUGCUGCUGCUGACCGCCGCUCCCCGCGCCACCGGUCAAGACCCGGAGGACUCCGAGGCCCUCCCGAGGGGCUGCGGAUGGGGCCUCGUGCGUCCCUACACACUCCUCUGCGACCUGGACUCCAUAUGGGGCGUGGCUGUCGAAUCGGUUGCCGCCGGCGGGGUGUUGACCGCCCUCCUGCUCGCCCUAGUCCUGCUGUGCCGCUUACACCACAUCAGUGAGGCCGAGAAGCGCAGCGGCGUGGGACCCAUCCUCUUGCUGCUCCUCGGCGUCCUCGGCCUGUUCGGCCUGAGCUUCGCCUACCUGAUCGAGCAGGACGAGUUCUUGUGUUUGCUCCGCAGGGCCCUGUGGGGUCUCCUGUUCGCCGUCUGCUUCUCCUGCUUGCUGGUGCAGGGGGUCCGCCUGCGGAGGAUUGGCCGUGAGCGCCGGAGCCCUGGAGGCUGCGCCCUCACGGGCCUCGCGCUGGGCUUGAGUGCCGUGCAGGGCAUCAUCGCCGCCGAGUGGCUCCUUCUCACCGUGCUGAGGGAGGGACGAGCCGCCUGCCAGUACCUGCCACUGGACUUCUCACUGGCCUGCAGUUACGUGCUGGCCCUCCUGCUAGCCGCGCUGGCGGCCGCCUCCCUCGCCCUGUGUGGGAAGACGCAUCACUGGCGCUGCAACGCCGUCUGGCUGCUGGUCACCUGCCUGCUGUCGUUGCUGCUGUGGGUGGCCUGGGUGGGCUUCUAUCUGUACGGCAACGCCUGGCUGGGGAGGUCCCCGGAAUGGAACGACCCGGCACUGGCCAUUGCUUUAGUGGCUCAGGGUUGGCUGCUGCUGAUCUUUCACGCCAUUCCUGAAUCCCACCUAUGCCUGAGACCCCCUCCGCAGCCAACUGCCCCCGACUACUUUGACACCUCCCAAAACUCGACGCGGAUGAGGGAGACCAGCUUUGACGAAGACAUCCCUCUCUCUCACAGGCAGUUUGUGGAGAACCAGGGCUACGGAUACAGCGACGAGAACACUGCAGGCUUGAGGAGCGCUGCCGGCGCCGGGCAACACAACAGCAACACCGCCCCCAGGCCCAGCGCUCCUUUCCGCAGCAACGUCUACCAACCCACUGAGAUGACCAUGAUCCUGAACGGGGGAGCGGUGCCCUCCGCCCCUCCAACCUACACAGGGAGGCAGCUGUGGUGAGUGGGAGGAUUGAGAAGAAGAGGUGUGGUAGAAGAUGAAGAAGAGGAGGGUGGGUGGGGUAAGGGAGGGGUCCAGAACGAGGGCGCCGCCAGGUUGAAUGGGACUUAAAUCACGGAUGCCAACGGGGCUGCAUCCCUCUGUGUACAGACUCAAACAAUGACUGUGUGCCAAUCAACUAUUGUAUGAGUGUGUGUGUGAGUCUGUGGAGGACAGAGCUAAACGCCCUUCUAGCACACAAAUCUCUAUAGAAGGGUUCAAGAACUUGAAAUGUGACCAGCCAGUAGCAAAACAAAACACAUGAUGACUCAGAUCGGAAAACAUCAAAUCGCAGUAUACCUUUUCAUUUUGUUCCAUUUGCCCCCCUGAGACUAUACAGCACUGUAAGCAUCAUUGGAAAAACUGUGAAAUAUAUUGCCUUUUCCUGCUCGCUCUCUCUCUCUGUCCGUCAGUCGGGACGUCCUUUCUGCUGCUCUUCACAAUGCUGACUCAAGUGAAAACAUUUGGCUCUGUCCUCCAUCCACCCACAGUGUAGGUGAAGACGCAGCACAUGGGCAACUGUACAGCUCAAGCACCGCCCGUUUAAAAUAUUCAAGCCUCGGUGUAUGUAUAGAAUAUGAAAAAAAAGACGUGUUUCCUACAUCUCAUCUCCACCACUCCAACAAACCUUCCCCUGCAGACUGUUACCCCUCCUCGACCACUUCUUCUUCCUCCCAUCUUUCCGGUUUCACUGCACCGUCUGUGAAAAGCGUCACUCCUCCCCCAUCCUCACGCCUGCAUGGACACUUUGCAAAAUUGUGAAACAAUCUAAAUCCUGAACUGCGGGUCGGAGAAGAAGUUCCCAUCGGCUGCUCGCGGCCCGAAGCACCUGCGCAGAGGGAUCGAAGCUGCCGUCACGGUGGAGCGCAGCGGAUCCCGACUGGACGGGGAGGGCGUCAUUCAUCGGUGGGGAGGCGCCGCUUCGUGAAUCUGGGUCAACUGCUCUCCCACAUCUCCGGAGGCCGCUGGCGUUUUGAACCAGCCAGUAGAAACUGUCACUUUAUGUCAGCGGGGAAUCGGAGCGAAGGAAUCGACACGUUGUCCUGCGCUAAGCUCCUAUAUUUGUGUUCAUGCGUGUUGGUUUUAUGAGUGACGGGGGGGGAUUUACAAAAGUCAAGAUUGCUUUCUGGUGCUAAAUAACCCUCCACACAACUCGCAGAACUGCUGAUGCACAAAUCAAAGCUAUGAGUGACAGGCUAUAGGGUGAAAACUGUGGCUGGUGUGUGGAGAUAUAGAGCCUUAGGAAGACCUGGUCUACAGCGCACGCUAGAAAGAGGAGAGGAGGAAGACGGGAACGGAGGCGAGGAGGGAGGACGUAGCGAGUGACGGGCCGAGGGGAGUCUAUGCGACAGGGUGAGAUCUGUUGGAGAAACGUCCCCCCCGGUCUGUGUGCCUCCGUGUGUGAUCUACGUGGUUGUGUCCUUCAUCUGGUGAAGCGCCUCCCUCGCUCCUCUUCCUCCUCUUCCUCCCUGUGGCCGGGUACAGCGCACGUGUAGCCCUGUGCCACGAAGGACUCGUUUCACGCCCUUUUCCUUCAUCCCGACACCAGCUCUCUCUCUCUCUCUCUCUCUCUCUCUCUCUCUCUGAGACGCUGUGUACAUAGUAGUGCUGUAAAGCUUUGCUUGCUUGUUUACUUUUUUUAAUGGUAGCCAGUUUAGAAAGCAGUGAAAUGACCCACUGGAGAACUGACCACUGCCAACUAUUUUUAUCGGGGUUUUUUUAAUUUUUUUUUUAACUUGUUUGAUCUGUCACACAUUUGCUUAUUGUUACAUUUGCUUAUAAUACAUUUAUUUCUCUCUUGCUGGUGUCUUUUAGUUUUCAAACUAGCAUUUUUUUAAAUGUUUUGCCAACAAUAGACAUGCUUUCUUUGGGGGGGGGUUAAUGUUCAAAGAAAUAUUUGUCAUUCAUAGGGAUCUGCGCUGCUCUUCACUGUAACGGCUACAGGGAUACAAACCAAUUUAUUUUCCCCCAAAAUUAUACUGACUGUGAAUAAUUGUUGGUACUUAAUGCAGUAAACAAAUCAUCCUUCAAUACUAUUAUUCAAAGUUAGAGGAGGCAGGGUGGAAAAAAACUGCAAGGAGCCACCAACAGUCACCAGGAUGACGCCAACCCUCGACCAGGAAGAGCCGAAGGGUCGAUCCUUGACCGCCGCUGUACAUUCACCUGGCUGUUCUUAAACCGGACUGGUUUCAUCGGGGCACCUCGAUGCCCAAAGAGAGCGCACCCCACCAGAGAACAACGGUCCUCAGGGUUUUGGAUGGUCAGCAGUAACACUUUGAUCGGCGGAGGGAGGUUUCAGUUCUUGCGAUGUUUUCACUCAGUGUGACUCUGUAGAUCACUUGUCGACUACCUAUCUGUGCAUGUUUAUCACCAUUUCUACAUGUAAGACCUUUCUCAGACGUACUUUUGAAUACUAACUGUUUAUGUAAAGGUCAUGUGACAGCAAUCAUAAUUUCGAUGUAUAUCAGAUGACACACUUACUGUCUGUGCUUUCUUAAAACACAAAAAAAGAGAGCUGGCUCUUGAGAAGCAAAGAGAUUAAAGUCAGGGGAAAAUGGUCCAAAAUAGUAUGAUUCAACACGGCAUCAUCACUGGACCUAACAAGACUUCCUCUGUUAGUUUGAAGACUCGAGGGGGGAAAAAAAAAAGAGAAUCUUCGGACUGAUAUUGUCUCUGUGUUCAAAAUCAAAUAGACUGUGGUGAAAUUUGCACAAAACUUCUAUAUGUUCAAUUUGUCAUCCCUGGGCAGCCCACUGAACACCCAUCCUCGCUGGGUUUGACGUGUCCUUUCUGUCCUCUCCUGAUUUGUCUUGCCUUCAGACUGUUCCAGCGGGGCAGCUGAACAGGGUGGUGUUGGUUUUCACAGCUGUGACUGUGCAGUGACGCAGCAUGCCUAUGUAUAGAACUUGAUUGCCCUGAUUACAUGAAAAAACAAAACAAAAGAAUAAACGGUGAACUCAUGUUUCUGUAACUGAAUCAGGAAAAAAUAAGUACAAUAAAGUGUCAUGUUUGUAGUUAA